AGUUUUUAUUUACAUAACCCUACUUUUGCACUUUAGCGCGUGUUUUACCUCGUUGUAUUGUGUCUGUUUCUACAAGUUUUUUCGCCACUAAUUUCCCAACAAUAUGGUUGCAAAUACGAAAGGCAUGAAGCGUAAAUCAUUGGCUCCACAAAACACAUCCCCCAAAAAGACUUCAAAAGUCACCUCGAUAUCUGCAAAUAACACACCCGCCAAGCUAAAAACGCCCAUGAAGCCACUGAAAAAAACCAGUCCGCUUCCAAUACAACAAAAAACACCCUUAGUUCUGAAUAAAGGUGCAAAGAAACAGCAAAAGACACCGUCUAAAAUGGUUGCCAACGACAGCAGUGAUGAGGAGGAAGAGGAAGAACAAUCUUCAGGUAGCGAAGACGCUCUAGAAUUGGAAGAAGAUUCUGAUAACGAAGACGUUGAUUCAGGCGAUAUGCAAGAAGAUGAGGAAGACUCAGACGAAGAGGAGAAUAGUGAUGAUGACAUGGAGGGUAACGGGGUAGAUGACAAUGACGAUAGCGAUGCAAGUGACGUUGAAGAAGAACCGGUUGCGAAACCUGUAAAAGCUAAUAACAAAAAAAUGAAACAAGACGAUGCCCCCAAAAAAAUAGCAGAGAAAACUAAAAAACAGAAUGACCCUCCCAAAAAAGUAACCGCCCCCACUCCCGAUCGAGUAUCACGAGACGAGAAGUUUGUUCUCUUCGUUGGGCAACUUAAUUUUAAAACUACCGACGAACAAGUGCGCCAAUAUUUCAGAAAAGCGGGUCUCGUCGAUGGAGUUCACUUAUCUAAAUUCCGCAACAAUGUUUCGCGCGGUUACGGAUUCGUUCGUAUGAAGGAUGAAGCAGGAUUCAAAAAAGCGUUAAAGUUGCAUAAUUCAACUUUGGACGACAGGCAAAUAAAUGUGGAAGUUGCAAACAAGCCGUCAGAAAAGAAGAAGAGCACUUUACCUAAACCUAAAAAGUCUAAAUCCAAAAAGAACAAGAAGGCUGUGGAGGCGUAAUUUUAUAGUAUCUUGCAUUUAAAUUUCUCUUGGCUAUAUGAAUAUAAUUAAGUAAACAUGUACUUUUUAAGCAUUUCAAGUUUAUUAAAAUAUAUGCAGGCUACCGUAUAAAACUUUACGUAGUUAUGUACAUUAUAUACUUUACAGUCGCAAAUAAAUUAGGCUGAGUUAA